UAAUAUAUACCGGUGAACUAAAACCCCCCAGAUGUUGGUUGCAUCUACUCACCUAAAUCAAUUUAAUGUGGUUCAUCAUCUCUACAUACCCAUUUGCAUCAUUCACCUAAAUCAUUUGCUCUAUAAUUCACUCUAUUGGAUCUCACUUUAGCCCAACAAUGGCGGGUGUUUUGUCUCUUCUCAGGCGACUCUAUCUCUCCGCUUAUAACUGGAUCGUAUUCGCAGGAUGGUUUCAAGUAUUGUUCUUGACCUUGAAAACUCUAAAGGAAUCAGGGUAUGAACAUGUUUACAGUACUGUUGAGAAGCCCCUUUUGUUAGCUCAAUCUGCUGCCUUUUUAGAGAUUCUACAUGGUAUCAUAGGUUUGGUUAGAUCCCCGAUUACAGCAACACUGCCUCAAAUAGGUUCAAGAUUGUAUGUGGUGUGGGGAAUCCUGUAUAGUUUUCCCGAGGUACAAAAACAUCCUCUUAUCAGCUCUUUGGUCAUCAGUUGGAGUAUCACUGAGAUUGUCCGGUACUCUUUCUUUGGCACAAAGGAGGCGUUCGGUUCUGCUCCAUACUGGCUGUUAUGGCUCAGGUAUAGCACGUUCUUGGUGUUGUAUCCGACUGGUAUUUCCAGUGAAAUUGGUAUGAUCUAUAAUGCGUUACCGUUUAUGAAGGAAUCUGGAAUGUAUUCGGUAAGGAUGCCGAACAAAUGGAACUUUUCUUUUGAUUACUUUUAUUUGGCGAUUGUGGUGCUUGCAAUUUAUGUACCAGGAAUUCCGCACUUGUAUGGCUACAUGCUUGGCCAAAGAAAGAAAGCGCUGAUGAAAACAAAAAAGGAGUAGUGUUUGGAGUUUGUAGCCGAUAAGUUAAAAUUUUGGAUGGCUACAUGGUGGUGUAACUUUGUGUUUUAGUACUUGUUUAUGGGUGUGUUUUCCACCCUGUUAUUUAAAGUUUGAAGCCUACAUAUUUUUGUUAGACACAAUACAUAGAUUCAAUGCUAUCAAAUUAUCAAUACUUGGAGAAAACAAACAUUGGUUUGGUGAUAAUGGUAUUUUUUUUUUUUUGGUUA